AUGUCCCAAAACGAUUCCCAAACCCAUCACCACAACAACAAUGUCGAAACCAAAACCACCCUCCAAACACCACCACUUUCCUCAAAACCCCACCCAAUUUUGACCCUCCAAUUAAAAGAAUCACAAGACUCAAUUUUUCCAUCAAAUUCAAACACCCUUUUUGCCAAAACAAUGACUUCAACAAACUCCACUUCCACAGAACCACUUCCUUCCUCCGAUGACAUCGCCGCCAAAGCCGUUAACAAACGCUACGAGGGUCUCGUCACUGUCCGAACCAAAGCUAUCAAAGGUAAAGGUGCAUGGUAUUGGACUCAUCUCGAGCCGAUUCUGGUUCGAAAUCCUGAUUCGGGUCUUCCUAAAUCGGUUAAACUCAAGUGUUCUUUGUGUGAAGCUGUUUUCUCUGCUUCAAACCCUUCGAGAACAGCUUCCGAGCAUUUAAAGCGUGGAACUUGUUCCAAUUUCAACAACUCCGGCUUGAAACAACAACAUCAACAACAACAACAACAACAACAACAACAACCCGGUUCAGUUCCUUCUCCGGUUCCUAUUUCGUCGGUUUCCGGUUCAAACCGGAAAAGGGGUUCACCACAUCAAAUGGGUGUUUCUGUUUCAACCUCACCAACAUCGUUAACUUAUCAAAAUCAUAACUUGGCAUUGGUUGAAAUCGGGUACCCUCAGGUGCAUGGUAGUAUGGUGAACCAUCAGAAUCAGAAUCAGAGUCUGACUCAGAAUCAUUUGAUGUUAUCUGGUGGAAAAGAAGAUUUAUGUGCUUUGGCUAUGUUUGAAGACAGUGUGAAGAAGUUGAAGAGUCCUAAGACUUCACCUGGUGCUUCAUUGAGUAAAGAACAGGUUGGUUUGCCUGUAGGAAGUUGUUUGAGGCGCGAGGUUUCUGGUCCGAGGCUCGACGCCAGGUUUAGCGAGGUUAAGAGUGAGUCCGAGGCAAAAAUUAGGGAUGCAAUGUUUUUUCAAGUAGCUAGUGAUGGUUGGAAAAGUAAUAAUAGUAGUAGUAGUAAUAGGAAUUUGUAUGGUUUGUGUUGUGGUAGUGAGAGUUUGGUUAAGUUUAUGGUGAAUUUACCGAAUGGGAAUAGCGUUUUUCAAAAGGCGGUGUUUACGGGCGGUGGUGGAGUUGUGAAUUCGAAGUAUGCUGAAGAGGUUUUGUGGGAGACGGUGACCGGUGUUAGCGGUAGUGUUGUUCAGAGAUGUGUAGGGAUUGUUGCUGAUAAGUUUAAGGGUAAGGCAUUGAAGAAUUUGGAGAUUCAAAACCAUUGGAUGGUGAAUACUUCUUGUCAGCUUCAAGGGUUUGUUAGUUUAAUCAAGGAUUUCAACAACGAGCUCGAACUUUUCGGUGUUGUUACGAAGAAUUGUCUCAAAGUUGCAGAUUUUAUAGAUGGCGAGUCUCAGGUAAGGAAUGUUUUUGUUAAUUAUAGAAUGCAGGAGAUGGAGUACGGCGGGUUGAUUCGUGUUCCUUCACUAAAAUGUGAUCCGUCGAAGAAUUUUUCAUCCGUGUUUCCAAUGCUCGAGGAUAUUUUGAGCUGUGCUAGAGUGAUCCAAAUGGUUGUGAUGGAGGACGGGUUUAAGGCGAUGUUUAUGGAGGAUCCGCAAGCAAGAGAAGUGGCUGGUUUGGUUCAGAGUGAGGUGUUUUGGAACGAGCUCGAAGCGGUUUAUUCCCUCGUGAAGAUUAUUAAAGGAAUGGUUCAUGAUAUAGAGACGGAGAGGCCGUUGAUUGGUCGGUGUUUGCCUCUUUGGGAGGAGCUAAGAACCAAAGUUAAGGAGUGGUGUCGAAAGUACAAUGUCGUCGAAGGACUAGUGGAGAAAAUACUUGAAAAACGGUUUCGAAAAAACUACCACCCUGCAUGGUCAGCAGCGUUUAUACUUGAUCCACUUUACUUGAUCAAAGACACAAGUGGAAAGUAUCUUCCACCGUUCAAGUUUUUGACGCGCGAACAAGAGAAAGACGUUGAUAAGUUACUCACAAGACUAGUGUCACGAGAAGAAGCUCAUGUGGUAUUAAUGGAGCUAAUGAAAUGGAGGUCAGAAGGACUCGACCCUCUUUACGCACAGGCGGUUCAGAUGAAACAAAGAGACCCUGUAACCGGGAAGAUGAAAGUUGCGAAUCCGCUUAGCAGUCGACUCGUUUGGGAAACAUGUCUCUGCGAGUUUAAAUCUCUAGGGAAGAUCGCAGUGAGGCUCAUUUUUCUCCAUGCAACUUCAUGCGGAUUCAAGAGUAACUGGUCUUUCAUGAGGAAAGUUUCUUCUGCAAACAAAAACUCUAGAGUCGCAUUGGAGCGAGCUCAGAAAAUGAUAUAUAUUGCAGCUCAUGCAAAGCUUGAAAAGCGAGACUUUAUAAGCGAGGAAGAAAAAGACGCAGAAUUGUUCGCCAUUUCCGGAAGUGACGAAGAUAGCAUGCUAGCUGAGGUAUAUGCUGAUGCAAUGCAACCUUAG